ACGCAUUUUCCAAGCAUUUCACCAUGGCUCCUUCACGAGUUAAGAAGAUAUUACUACUCGAAAGUAUUGCGUUGAAAGUGAAUAGAAAAAAACUAAAACGAUCGUGGGUGCAUGAGAUUAAUAUAUGUAGGAAAUCGUUCGGAGAAUUCUAUCACCUCUAUCGAGAUGCCAGAAAAUAUCCAGAAAAAUUUUAUGAAUACUUGAGGAUGUCAAAGGAAUCUUUCGACCUUCUCCUAAGCCAUUUGGAUCCUUAUUUAUGUGGGAUUGGAACCAAUUUCCGUGAAAGGAUUUCAGCAGAACAACGUUUGGUUAUAACAUUGAGAUUUCUUGCUACUGGAGAAUCCUAUCGAUCCCUAGCUCUACACUUCAGAUUGGGGGUGGCAACAGUUUCAAAUAUUGUAAAUCAUACAUGCAUGGUAAUAUGGGAUACCAUGAAAAGUGAUUACCUACCAAAACCUACACAAGCAACGUGGCACAAUAAAUCACAACAAUAUUGGACCAAAUGGAAUUUUCCAAAUUGCAUAGGCAGUAUUGACGGCAAACAUAUUGAAGUUAAAUGUCCCUCCAAUACCGGAUCUCUAUACUAUAAUUAUAAGCAAUAUUUUUCAAUAUUACUUCAAGCCCUAGUUGAUGCUGACUGUAAAUUAAUUGCGGUUGAUAUUGGGAGUUUUGGACGCCAAAGCGAUGGAGGAAAUUUUAGGUCCUCGUCGCUUUUUCGAGCAUUAGACAGAAAAGAGCUUGACGUCCCACCUGAUCAAUGCUUACCACAAACAAAUAUAAAAGCCCCAUUGGUUAUAGUAGGCGAUGAAGCUUACCCUCUGCUUCCAUACCUAAUGAGGCCAUAUCCUAGAAGAAAUUUAGAUAAUUCAAAAAGAAUUUUUAAUUAUCGUCUCUCCAGAGCCCGGCGAUGUGCUGAAUGCGCAUUUGGCAUAAUGAGUGGCAAAUGGCGAAUUUUACUAAAACCUAUCGAAACAAAAAUUGAGACAGCUAUAAAUAUUGUAAAGGCCAUUUGUAUUUUGCACAAUUUUGUUAUAGAACAGGAGGGAUUUAAGACAAAUAAGGAAUGUCAGACGGGCUUUAGCGGCGAUAUUAAUCCGAGUACCUACACACACUCCCAGUAUCGCUUUUCCGAAGAUGCAAAGAGAACCAGAGAAAUAUUAACAAAUUAUUUUGUGACUACUGGUGCAGUUGAGUGGCAGAAUCAAUUUUCUUUCGUACAAUAA